CCUUACUCACUCGUCCCGUCAGAUACACCAGUGCAAGCGAGCACUGUAUCGUCGUCGUCUUCAGUUUGUUUGCAAUGUCGUCGACACCCCAGAGGUACUUAUUGCCGUGCACGUUGUUGAUCUUCUCCUGCUUCUUGCUUCACGGCGGAAGAGUGGCGGCGGCCGGGAAGGUGCCCGCGAUCAUCGUGUUCGGCGACUCGUCCGUGGACACGGGCAACAACAACUUCAUCCCGACCAUCGCGCGGAGCAACUUCUGGCCGUACGGGCGCGACUACGCCAACGGCCUCCCCACGGGCCGCUUCUCCAACGGCCGCCUCGCCACCGACUUCAUAUCCGAGGCCUUCGGCCUGCCGCCCUCCAUCCCGGCCUACCUCGACACCAACUGCACCAUCGACCAGCUCGCCACCGGCGUCUCCUUCGCCUCCGCCGCCACCGGCCUCGACAACGCCACCGCCGGCGUCCUCUCGGUGAUCACGCUGGGCCAGCAGCUGGCCUACUUCAAGGAGUACACGGACCGCCUCAAGGUCGCCAAGGGCGAGGCGGCGGCCAAGGAGAUCAUUGGCGAGGCGCUCUACAUCUGGAGCAUCGGCACCAACGACUUCAUCGAGAACUACUACAACCUGCCGGAGCGGCGGAUGCAGUACACGGUGGGCGAGUACGAGGCCUACCUGCUGGGGAUCGCCGAGGCCGCCAUCCGCCGCGUGCACGCGCUUGGCGGACGCAAGAUGGACUUCACGGGCCUCACGCCCAUGGGCUGCCUCCCCGCCGAGCGGAUUGGCAACCGCGACGACCCCGGGGAGUGCAACGAGCAGUACAACGCCGUCGCCAGGACCUUCAACACCAAGCUGCAGGAGCUCGUCGCCAAGCUCAACAGCCAACUCCCGGGGCUGCAGCUCGUCUUCGCCGACACCUACCAGCUCCUCGCUGCCGUCGUCAACAGGCCGGCCGACUACGGAUUUGAGAAUGCAGUGCAAGGUUGCUGUGGGACAGGGCUUUUCGAGGCAGGCUACUUUUGCAGCUUCAGCACCUCGAUGCUAUGUGGAAACGCCAACAAGUAUGUGUUCUUCGACGCAAUCCAUCCCACGGAGAAGAUGUACAAGCUGCUAGCCGACACCGUCAUCAACGCCACGUUGCAUGUAUUCAUGUGAAAAUACUUGAUCUUGGUGAUGUAGACAAGGCAUGGACGGGUACAUUAUGGCUGUGCUACGGUAGUGUGUACCGUGUAUAUUGUAAACAGGCACCACACAGUUUUCCACAUACUACACUCUUGAGAGCAUGUCACAUUGUUACAUGGUAAUAUGGUAGAGGCCACUUGUGCUGUAAAUCUGGUCUUCUCAAUUUUGUGAUUUCUCUUGAAUACAUA